CCGGAAGUGCGUCGCUUGCUAGUCUCGUAAUUUGCUUUAGAGUCUCGCCUCCUGCUCUUGGGAAAGAAGCGCGGUAGUUACAUUGGUGCUUUGUCAAUUUGCAGGUUACUACAGGAUGAAUGAAUCACUUGUGCUCUGCAAGGACAAGAGGACACAUGGAAUCUCCUGUUGACAUUCUGCUGUAUAAGCACUGAUGAGACUGGAAUGCCCUGUGUUGAUAUAUUUUCUUAAACCAGACUGCUGGUGUUAGAGACUUGUGGUGUACUUUGGUGGCCUAUAAAAAGUUGAGCCUGUUCUCAUCUUGGAAACCAUAACCUUCUGAAGCCAUGAAAGUUCUUACUAGCUCUUUGUACAGGAAGCUUUUGAGUUUGUUCCCUCAUCUUGGGAAGAGUCCUGCCAAAGGCUCCGAUCUAAAUCCCUGUCACAGACUGCUAAGAAAGUAUUUCUGUUAUAAGGCAGGUGUGGUUACAGCUGCUGACCUGGUCAACCACUGGCAAGGCGUGUUUGAAGUGAAUGAGAUCCCCGAAGCACAGGCAUCUUCCGAAUAUAUUGUUUCUCAUGUCCUGGGAGCGAAAACAUUCCAGAGCUUGAAUGCCAGCAGCAUCUCAACUCCCCUCUCCACAAAGCAACAAGAACAGAUCCAGCAGCUAUGUGCAAAACGGCUACAAAGGAUGCCAGUGCAAUAUGUUCUGGGUGAGUGGGAUUUCCAGGAUCUGACACUCAAGAUGAAACCUCCGGUCUUCAUUCCUCGACCAGAGACAGAGGAACUGGUCUCCCUUAUUGUGACUGAAGAAUGCAGGAAGCGAUUGACCUCAGCAAACUGCAAGCAGCUGUCUCCAGAGAACAGUGGGCUUGUGAUCCUGGAGGUUGGCUGUGGCUCAGGAGCGAUUGCUCUGAGUCUUCUGAAGAAGCUGCCUCAUAGCAGAGUCAUUGCCACCGAUAAAUCACAAGCUGCUGUGAAUCUCGCCAAGGAAAAUGCUGCAAGGUUACGUCUGCAGGACAGGGUAAAGAUCCUUCACCAUGAUGUGUCUUCAAGUUCUUGGGAAUGCCUACUGCCCUGGGGUUUGGUAGAUACUAUAAUCAGUAAUCCACCGUACAUUUUCCAUGAAGACAUGACUCAGUUGGCGGCAGAAAUCCUCAGAUAUGAGGAUCUUGGUGCACUGGAUGGAGGAAAGGAUGGGAUGAGUGUAAUAAAACAGAUUCUGAAAUUGGCUUCAUACGUCCUCAAGGAUGGCAGGAGUGUGUUUCUAGAAGUUGACCCCAGGCAUCCAGAGAUGGUGGAGAACUGGCUGUGCAGUCACCCCGACUUGCUUCUUUUUGUGUCUGGCACCCAUAACGACUUUUGUGGAAAGCCAAGGUUCCUGCAUAUCCAGAAACAUGGGGGAGAAAACAACAGAAGAUAUUGAAUGAGUUCUGUCAUCCCAGCACAGCUGUCUUUAGUGGUAGUCAACACAGAAAAGAAUUCUUCUGUUAGACCUCAGUGCUGCAAUAGGGAUGGGAGUCUGGAACCUGUAUCAGUGAACUCUGACGGUAUAUUCUCAAACAGCCAGUUAAGAACACUCCAUGCUGGUGGACACUUCAUUCAGGUGCUCAGCAGGCCCUGUUGUGUGGUAGAUGUUAUGUAAAGAAAGUUUUAAACUGUCACACGGUUGUUGCUGUUCUCACAUGAGAGGUGUGUGCUCUGCAUCCAACCCAGAUGCAUUUUCUCUCUCUCCCUCCUUCUCUCUCUCUCUCUUUCUUUCUGCCAUAAUUUUUGCCAGCAGGUGGUUUUCAUCAGGUGGAAUAGUGCCACUUUCCAAAUAUGGUUAAGCAGAUCAUUGAAAGUAAAGCCCACACUGCGCUAGCGUAAGCCUCACAAAAACGAAUAGAAAUUUAUAUUGGUCAAAUAUGAUGGAGUUCAACUUUGCAUUAACAAAAGUCAAGGGGGAAAGUUUUCAUAUGUGAAGACCUUAAAUUGAUUGAACCUUCCAAUGAAUGUAAGAAGAACCUUGCUGGUCCAAGUCAAAGGCGCAUCUAGUCCAGCUCCCUGUUCUCACGGUGGCCAGCUUGACGCCUAUGGGAAACUCGCAAGCAGGACAUGAGUGACACAGGACUCUCCCCACUUGGAAUUCCCAGCAACUAGUGUGCAGAGGCAUACUACCCGCAACAGCCGAUGCAGAACAUACCCUUCUAACCACCUUAUCCUCCAUGAAUUUGUGGAAAUCUUGUUUUAAGACAUCCAGGUUGGUGGCCAUCACUGCAUCUUUGGGGAGUGAAGCACACAGCUUGCUUAUGAGGUGAAAACUUGCUCCUGUUCAUCUUGAUCUUUUAAUCUGGAGUCUACCGGAAAUAUAUACGGGGCAAGACAACCAAAGCAGUUACUUGGCAGGCAAACAUGAUGCUGCGUGUGAUGCAAGAAGUGUGCUUACCCCCAGGUUCCACUGGAAUGUGGCAGCAGACGCUGGGACAAAACAUUUGGGUUUGCAGCAAAAUGUCUCACCCAACCCUGAAUGAGCUGGCGUGUUAACUUACAAGAUUUUGACCUCAGUGAUUUUGAACCAAAUUUAGACCUCUGCCUCUAGUUCAGAUCCACGUCAAGACUUGUUUAUCCAGGGUUUUUGGUAGGGGAAAAUUACUCAUCCUGGAGGAAUGUCUGGAGAAACAGGAGAUGAAUUUGCUGAAGGAAAGACAAAAGUGCAUAUAUCAGUAGUCGAGCUUCUUCCCUAAAUGGAACCAGCUAGUGGAUUUCGGACCAAAUACGAACAGAAGCCACAAAUGGGAGAAAGAAAGAAACGUCCUGUGGCUUCUACUCAAAAGUUAGGUUUUGCAAUUUACUCUGGUUUGACUAAACAUCUGGACAGAAACUAAAGGAGGGAAGUCAUAAGAUCAUCCUGGUUAUUCUAGAUUUAGUAAAUGCUGGUUACAUCCUUGCAUCCAUAAAAACUGCCCUCCAGUGUGCAUUUUAAAGGUCAUGUGACUGGUUAAGUGCCUCUUAUGCUAUACCACCCUAUUGUAUAUCUACUCAGGGCUAAAGUUUGGGAAGGGAGAGGAUACUGGUUGCUUCCAUGUGUAUACAAGCAGGAGCUCUACUGUUUCCCUACAUCUUUUGUAUGGGGUAAGCUGGAGUCUUUUUUGCAGCCUCUGAGCACAGAUAGGAAUUGCUAUCCAGUCAUCUUACAAGCUCUUUGAAAGAGCAGGUAGAUCCUGCCACCUUACCUAUCUUAUUCACACAAUUAUUAGAAUGGCUGAAGUGGGCUAAGAGGCAACAUUUCAGUGAAUAUUCUUGAGGACAGGCCCUUAUUAGCUGUAACCCUGCUAUAUAUAUGCACAUUUGUUCAGGUUUCUUAGAGAGGAUUUUCAGGCUACAAAACUAGGGAACACACACUAAACAUGACAUGCGCCUGCAGGAUUCUUGAGAGGUACGCUAACUAUUCUGUCCAUCAGCUUUAGAAUUUCGCACUCUGAUGUAGUCAUUAAACAUGUUACAGCUGUAUUUUUCAGUGCGCAUGUUAGGCUACAUUGUGCAAAAUAGUACUCAGCUGGACUGACUCAGCAUAGGAUUGUACAGUUGGAAGGGACCGUGAGGGUCAUCUAGUCCAACCCCCUGCAAUGCAGGAAUUAUUUGACCAACGCAGGGCUUGAAUCCACAACACUGAGAUUAAGAGUCUCCUGCUGUACUGGCUGAGCUAUCCCAGCAUUAUAUCGGUGUUCCUAACUCCUUGAGCAUUUUAAGAAAGCAACCUGAGUUGCAUUUAUUAAUCUCAUUCUUUCCUGGCAACAGUCUUCAGAGGUCGAUGACCAUUUAGUCCUAAUUUACAGUUGGGCACAAUGCAGGAGAAACUGGCCUAAGGCUGCCUAGCAAGCCAAGAGGGAAUUUGAACCCAAGUCCAACAGGCUCUCCACUAGUCCAUGCUGCUAUAUGCCUUUGCUUACCUUCCCAUUUUCUCUCCUUUUAUAAAAGUUUGCGUUACAGUUCUUGAGCCAGUGAUCUGUAAGAUCACAUGGCAUGCGCUGACCACCUCUUUAGGACACGAGGGGAAGAAAUUGCCAUUUUCCUUUGCAUGAGUUUCUUUGCCGAAGUGUCCUGGUAGAGGAAGCGUGCUUUCUUCGGCACAGUGUGUGCCACAGCAUCUAAUACACGUUUGGCAAAACACUUUUAUCUCAGAAGCCCCUGAGAACAUAUUAACGUGGCAGGUUCCAAGGGGCCAGUGACACCCCAGGCCAAAGGCUUCUCCCAAAAGGGGAGGUUCCACCAUGGAAAGUCUAAAAUUUGACAACCAGCUCACUAGAGAGUUUCUAAUUGCUUCAUAAAGCUGUGGGCAGGUAAUAUUACUGCUUUCCUCAUUUUGCAUAAUUGUAUCAUAAUUUAAUAGAUCUCAUUCCGAGUCACUUGGCACAUGUUUUCAAUUCCUUGGAGCCUCAGCAAGGAGGGGGUGGGAGUGUUUUCCUGAAAUGAAAUUUGCAGAGGGCUGGGUUUUGUUUCCCCCCCCCUGAGGCUGCUGGUGGUUAGGUUUCUUUGGGGACAACACACUGCAUCUGACCAUUUCAGCUUUCCUGGAAAAGUGUCUGGAAAUAACAUGGGCUUUGCCAGAGCACCAGGAGGUGGCGCAGCGAUUCCAACUACAGGCCCAUGGUGAUCCUCUCCAGGAAGACCCUGAUGUGGAGACAGGGGGCUGCUCUGUGAUCUGUUACAGAGCCGUCCGUUCUGAAAUCAAACUAGAAAUGAAACCACAACCUGAUUGAAGCCCGUGCAAUGUUUGUGAUUGCCUAUGCCAUUACCUUCCAUCUCCCCCCCCCCCAAAAUGGUGGAGACUCACAACAGGGAUCAACUCUGUUUGGAGACUGAGUUAAGAGAAAAGUCUUAAAUCUCUGUAUGUGAAGUUGUCUUGGGAGCACAGCUUUCAGGCACAGAUGGGCAUAGCCAACCAAUUUGGUGGAGUGGAUAGAGCAUUUGGUUGGACUGGAGAGUCAAAUCCUCCUUCAGCCAAUGAGUCCACUGCUUGUCACCUUGACCUACCUCGCAUAAUUGCUGAGUGAAAGGGGAAUAAUACUGGGCCUUUCCCCUUCAGCUCCUUGGAAGAUGGCCAGUGUAACAAACGAGAUCAGUAAUAGUAGCCAACAUGAACUGCACAUGUUGAAUAAGGGCCUCUUCUCCUUGCCACCUCACCACAUGGUUGGUGAUCAUGGGAGAGACCCAGUUGUGGCCACAUAUCACCAUGCAUAGGAUUAAGCUUUUUUUGUCUGCCACUCCAAAGAUAAAUGUGCCAAAUCUGAAGCCUGUAUAUAUAAUCUGCUUGACAUGGAUUGGCAGCCAACAUGGGCAAGCUUUUUCAUCUAGCUACCAUAUGCUAAGGGAUGCGGGUGGCACUGUGGGUAAAACCACAGAGCCUAGGGCUUGCCAAUCAGAAGGUCGGCGGUUCGAAUCCCCGCGACGGGGUGAGCUCCUGUUGCUCGGUCCCUGCUCCUGCCAACCUAGCAGUUCAAAAGCAUGUCAAAGUGCAAGUAGAUAAAUAGGUAGCACUCUGGCAGGAAGGUAAACGGUGUUUCCGUGUGCUGCUCUGGUUCACCAGAAGCGGCUUAGUCAUGACACAGAAGCUGUAGGCCAGCUCCCUUGGCCAGUAAAGCGAGAUUAGCGCCGCAACCCCAGAGUCGUCUGCGGCUGGACCUAAUGGUCAGGGGUCCCUUUACCAUAUGCUAAAGUAGUCGAAAGGCAACCUGUUCAACUCGAUUCAAUGUAUGAAAGCUGGUUAAGUGUGAGCAGACCUGCAGGUGGGCUUAGUUAUCUUCCAUAGGCUGUUUACAGGUAGGUAGCCGUGUUGGUCUGGAUCGAAGUAAAAUAAAAAAAUUCCUUCAGUAGCACCUUAAAGACCAACUAAGUUUUUAUUUUGGUAUGAGCUUUCGUGUGC